AUGGAUAUCCUGGACGUAGAAGCUUUGUCAGAAGAGGACCUCAACACUUUUAGAAGAGCCCUGUUUGAAAACCAGGUCGUGGUCAUCAAGAACCAGAAGGGCAUCGCGCCUGAGACUCUGCCUAAGCUGACCAAAGUCUUCGACCCGACUGCGACUGAUAUUCAUUCUGCUGGCGAGAAAGCCGUCACUAAUAGAACCGGCCAGGAUCAUACUUUGUUCCACGAAAAGCCUUUGUCGGAGCAGGAGCUAAGCAAUGGAUAUACCCGUCCAUACCGGUGGCACAUGGACACUCCCUUCUACCAGCGUUUGCCUGGUGAAGUCACGGUCCUUCACGCGGUCAAGGUGCCGAAUCUGCCCGAUCAGAAACUCAAAUUUCCAGACGGGAAAGAAAAGAGCAUCGCUGCUGGAUCCACGGCCUUCUUCUCCGGAGCGCGGGCAUUCCAACUGCUUACCCCGGCUGAGCAGGAAUUUGCUCUGAAUACAACCGUUACAUACGCCCCUCAAGCCUACGAAUACAUCAGACAAUGCAAAGCGACGGAAGACGGCUUGUCAAUCCCAACAAUGGGGAAAGAGAUUCCCAUAGAGCAACUCUCUGAAUGGUCAUGGGAGAAUGUUGCUGAACAUCCCAUGGUCUGGCGCAACCCCCUUAACCCCGAUCGGCCAUUUCUCCAGGUCCAUGGUUGCUGCGUAUUCAAACUGACAACUCGGGAUCCGGUGACGGGCGAGGUAUCAGUUGUAGACGAUGUAGCCAAGGUCCGCGAAAUCGUCUACGGCUUCCAGAAGAGAAUCUGGGCGGCGGAGAAUAUCUACGCACACCGGUGGGAGGAAGGUGACGUCGUCAUCUUUCACAAUCGGGGCGUCAUGCACAGCAUCACGGGACAAUUGGCUCAGUAUAAGGAGGAUGAGGAAAAGAAGAGACUCAUGUGGCAGUGUACGAUGACUAGUGGCACGGCGCCGCAGCCGUUCAGAAAACAGCCUGGGGUUGUUGAGACUGGGUUCGCUAAGGCGGCAUGA